AUGUCACCGUGCAUGCUCUGCGCUCCUGGGGAGCCGGGGGGGCCCUGCUCCGAUCCCCCUCUCUGGGGUCUGCCCUUGGCCGCGCAGCGCGGAGAAGGGGAGCGCAGCCUGGAGGCGCAGGUCGGGGGGAGCCAUAUUCAACGCAGCGUUCCCAGCCACCGCUCUGCCCGGGGGGCCGGCUCUCAGCCCCGCCGCGCUGCCCUUUCUCCCGGGGCUGCGGGCAGGACCCUCCAGGAAAGCCCCUUCCCGAGGGGGGAUCACCUCCGCCGGGACUGCCGGAAGGAUGAGUCUGGGCGAGUCGAGUUACAGAGCCCUGACCCCCACCUCUGCUCCGGCGUCUCUCGGCCGUGUCCCUUUUGCUCCGGCGAAGGCCCAGCCUGUGACCCACAACCGGAGAGGCAUGAAAUCGGCUGCUCCAAGGGCAAGUCGGGGGACGAGGGGGGGGACCCUGUCCCAGCCGAGCUGCCCCUUCCGCUCCCACGGAGCCUUUGCGGGGCUGGGAGCCUCUGCCUUUCCUCCCUGUCCCCUGCACCGGGAAGGCGGCUUCCCGAGGCUGCCUGGUUUCUUUUCCCGCACUCGCCGCGGUGCAGCUGGGGCUGCCCCGGGGGCGGCACAGGCGGGACGGGUCUCCCCCUGUCCAGUAAAAUCCCCCACCCGCCCCCGGAAUGGCUGCCGGAAUGGGAGUGCCAGGCGUCUUCCAGCUCCAGCAAUAUUGUAAAAAGAAGAAAGGGAGGAAUGGAGGGAGAGGUGCCUCGGUGCCUGCCUUCGUUUCUGCCAGGUCUGCUCCGUUCCCGAGCCCAGGCACUCUCCGCCUUUUCUAUUUGUCAAUUAAAGAACCAAAAAAUUCAAGGGAAAUGCAUGAAACGUUAA